UUUCGUCACAGCUUAUCCUGGACUAGUGCAGGGAAGCUUUAAAAAGUCAGAGAGGAGCAACAGAGACUAAACAGAGACGAUGCCAUUAUGCCAACAAAUCUUCGAGGGAUGAAAACAACCUUGACGACCUUUGCAGCCUAAGCAAACCUGCAUCCGAAGGUCCUGGGAUUGUAUGCAUUUCCAACACUGCAUGUCCAAGCAUGUGGCCCAUGGGUGCCACAGUCCAGCUACUUCAAAGGAUUUUUUCCCCAAUGGCAUUUUAACAAAGGAACAAAGAUUCUGAAAACAUUUUUGGAUCACAAGUCCUUUUUAUUUCCAAGAUAAUCAUAAUUGUGUGGGACUGUAUAGCGAUGUUUCCUUUAAAAGCCUCCUUUGCUGACUCUGUCCCCUUUUUUUCUUGAAUAAGUAACCCGACAAGAGCGACUCCCAUGAGCAACUCUGCAGGAGGCUCGAUAACGUCGACAUGAGUAGUACUUUAGGCAAAGAAAAAGAUUCGAAAGAAAAGGACCCCAAAGGCGGUCCGGCGGGGAAAGAAAGGGAAAAGGAGUCCAGGGCUCUAGCCGGCUUAGUCAAAGAUGGGGGCAAAGAAACCAAGACCAAAGGGAAAGAUCCCAAAGAAGGAAAGAAGGACACCAGCAGCUCGACGCCGGGUGUGGCUUUCGCUGUCGACAACACGAUAAAGCGGCCAAACCCGGCAGCAGGUACGCGUAAGAAGUCCAGCAACGCCGAGGUGAUCAAAGAGCUCAACAAGUGCCGGGAGGAGAACUCGAUGAGACUGGAUCUGUCCAAGCGGUCCAUUCACAUCUUGCCCACCUCCAUCAAGGAGUUGACGCAGCUCGCUGAACUCUACUUAUACAGCAACAAGCUGCAGAGCCUGCCAGCCGAGGUGGGCUGCCUGUCGGGCCUGCUCACUUUAGCCCUCAGCGAGAACUCCCUGACCAGUUUGCCCGACUCCCUGGACUCUCUUAAGAAGCUUCGGAUGCUCGACCUGCGGCACAACAAGCUUCGGGAGAUACCGGCUGUGGUCUACCGGCUGACGUCUCUCACGACGCUGUACCUGCGCUUCAACCGCAUCACGGCAGUGGAGAAGGACAUCCGGAACCUCUCCAAGCUCACGAUGCUCAGCAUCCGGGAGAACAAGAUCAAGCAGCUGCCUGCGGAGAUAGGGGAGCUAUGCAACCUCAUAACUCUGGAUGUUGCCCAUAACCAGUUGGAACACCUACCGAAGGAAAUUGGAAAUUGCACUCAAAUAACCAACCUCGACUUGCAGCACAAUGAGCUCUUGGACCUCCCCGAGACUACAGGCAACCUGGCAAGCAUAAAUCGCUUAGGUCUGCGAUACAAUAGAUUGUCAGCCAUCCCCAGAUCAUUAGCCAAAUGUCGAGAACUGGAGGAGCUAAACCUUGAAAACAACAACAUUUCAGUGUUGCCAGAGGGCCUACUGUCAAGUUUGGUCAACCUGACGAGUCUAACGCUGGCGAGGAACUGCUUCCAGUCGUACCCUGUGGGCGGGCCAUCCCAGUUCUCCACCAUCUAUUCCCUCAACAUGGAGCACAACCGCAUCAACAAGAUCCCCUUUGGCAUCUUUUCCAGGGCCAAAGUGUUAAGCAAGCUUAACAUGAAGGACAACCAGUUAACAUCUCUGCCAUUGGACUUUGGCACAUGGACUAGCAUGGUUGAGCUUAACCUGGCAACCAAUCAGCUGACAAAGAUCCCAGAGGACAUCUGUGGCUUAGUUUCUCUGGAGGUGUUAAUACUGUCCAAUAAUCUCCUCAAGAAGUUACCGCAUGGUAUUGGAAAUUUGAGAAAGCUACGGGAGCUCGACUUGGAGGAAAACAAAUUGGAAACUCUACCUAAUGAAAUUGCUUACCUGAAAGAGAUACAGAAAUUGGUGUUGACAAAUAAUCAUCUGACCACGUUACCCAGAGGCAUCGGCCACCUCACCAACCUGACUCACCUUGGUUUGGGGGAGAACCUGCUGCAACACCUCCCAGAGGAGAUUGGUACACUGGAGAACCUGGAGGAGCUGUACCUCAACGACAAUCCCAACCUGCACAGCCUCCCGUUCGAGCUGGCCCUCUGCAGCAAGCUGUCCAUCAUGAGCAUCGAGAACUGUCCCCUCAGCCACCUGCCGCCCCAGAUCGUGGCGGGAGGCCCCUCCUUCAUCAUCCAGUUCCUCAAGAUGCAAGGACCGUACCGUGCCAUGGUCUGAGCCGCGAGCAGCUCCACCCCCCCGAGUCUUGCUUGACUCCAACACCCCUCCCAUUACGUGUAUCAUACACUGUAAAGAAAACCGAUUCGCCACAAUCAGUGUCGGGGGGGGGGGGGGGGGGGGGUAAAUACAAGGAGGAAGAGGAGGGAGGAGAAGAAAAAGUUUCUUUCAACAUCCUUAGAAACGAGGCGAAUCAUUGGAGAUUUGACUUCUGUGUUACUCUAGAGUUUAUCUUGUUUAUUUUAGGACCCCAGCCACCCCCACUCAUGUUUCAUUCUGAAUCACACAAGAGGAACAUAUGUCCAUCUCUUUGCCAAAACUGAAGAUAUAUAAAGUUCUAUAUAUUGAGUAACUGUGAGCUAAGUGGCAAGUCUUUUAACCAUAUAGACCGUACUCCCAUUGCCAAUAUAUUUACAGUAAUUACGAGCAUCUAUUAUGUGAGCAAGGAUACAAUUGAAUGCAAAAACAAACAAAGUCUUUGGAACUUCACAUUUUCUGCUGCUGCUGUAAUUUUAACUUUUCAUCUCGUCUUUUCUUUUGAUAUUCACUUCUUUUAACAUCACCUUCGCUCAAGAUAACUUCUGUUAACUGCUUCUUGACCACAGAGAACAAAGGUCUAACGAUGGCUUGUUUAUACUUUCUUUUUUGUAAUUGUUUUUGUUUAAAUACUGUGCCUGUUUAGAGUGAUCCAGUGGCUCAUUUCUAAACACAAUUGUCCAUGAGAAUACAAAGAUAUAAAUUAUUUCAAAAAUUCUUUUUUUUAUAGUUUAUUACUGCUGUUUUUACUUACGUUUUUUCCUUAUUUGUAAUGUUUCUUUUGCUGUUGCAUUAAUUUGUUAAAAGGAGCGAUAUCGGUUGUAAAAUAAGGUGAUUGGAGAUCUUUUUAACAGAUGGCAGCAGCAGUUAAACAUUGAGCGAGUCGUGUAGACGUAUGAGAAAUGCCAAUCGCACAUGCUUGAAAACAAAAAGCAAGUGUGUCUUUUCUCCAAAACGAUAUAGAGCGGGGGUGCAGUGACCCUCCCUCUAUAUGGUUGAUGUGUGUGACAAGGUAUUGGGGGGGGGGAAGUCAAACCUACACAGGUGAUGGGAUAAACGAUGAGAUGUUUUUAUAGAUGUAUACAAAUCCUGGUGGUUGCUUUGAGUGCAAUUUUAGUUCUGUUUGCGAGUUCUUAUCUUCAGUGUUGGGCUGCAGAGCUGUCAUUCAAUUGAUCGUUGACCAACAUACAUAUCAAGCUUUUUUUUUAAAGACGUCAUCUGUGUCUCUGGGCCAGGUGGCGAGUGGCCGAGCUUCUAAUAAGGUUUGAUAAUAAAUCAUUGACAGGUAACACUUCCGUUUUUGGUUUAAUAUCCUUAAUUGUUGGUAGUUAUUAGUUUUUGACGGGGUUUCCUAAGAACCUUGUUACAUGAUGGAAACUGGUCCCUUUAUUUAGAUUCAUAUUGUUUUUAAAUAUAUAUCUAUAUCUCGAUGUAUACAUCUAGAUAUUUAUAUAUAUUUUUUUCAUUUGUCCCACACUGUCCCAGCAAUGCUGCUGCUCUUAUGCACUUUUUAAAAACACACAUUGGCAUCCUCCAUAUAAACAAACACAGUCGCCUCUCAUUGGUUAUUUUAAAUGGGGGUAUUUUGUUUCAUUCAGUAUUUCAUCAGCUAAACAAACAGGUUUUUUCAUGUAAAUUUGAAUCAAUUUAAAUAAAAAUGUUAAGUUUAGCGGGCUCACAAUAUACUCGUAACUUUCUUUGGGGAAGUUGUAUCCUGUCAAUCUUAAUUAAAAGGAACUCGCUCUCUUGAACUGUAGAAGGCCGUGUGGCUCGAGGUGUUUUAAAGUUCCCAUAUCCUGCUUUCUUCUCUUUGCAAGUGAAAUGGCUUAUUGCAGUUCAGAUUAGCACUGUUGUUUUUAAAUCAAUUUACAUUAAGUUUUUUUUUUCUAAAUGAUGAAAUGUGUAUUCAGUUAGUAUUAUUUCAAGUGAUUGUACAUUAAAAAUCCCAACAAAAUGUAAUCAAACCAAACUUUUUUUCUUUUCUUUUUUGUAUAAAUGUGUUGCAUCCCAGCUCUAUAUUCAAUCAUGGUUCUCUUUUGUAUUGAAACGUGUGGGUUGACUUCAUUAUUUAUUUUUCCCCCCCGCAGCAGCUUGGUGUGUUUUCGUGGGCUGUGGUUUGGUCUCCUGAGGGAUGAGAGCGCCACGUCUGACCUCGGGUCCUUAGAGGGGGAGGGGGGUGAGAUGUACGCUGCUUCUAAUUUACCAGCAGAACCCGUUGGCUGCUUCUCGUGGACUGAAACACGCCGUACGAGACAGGAGGGGCCGGGGGAGGGGGAGACGAUGACGAUCCACUCCCAACACACUGAUACAGACUUCACUCGGAAAAACCCGACUCGGACAAAUCCGCUGAACUUUCGGAGUCGGCGUCAGGCCUGCGGGUCCCCCCCCCCCCCCCCCAGAUCAAAUCAUUCGGACACAAGGUGCAUCCAUGAGCUCGCCGCGGUUACAGUACAAGACUGUACACAUUGUAAAAAGGGCUUUCUGUGUUCACGCUCAACAGACACACCGGAGGCAUUGCAUUCCUGGGUUUUCUAUAAAAGCGUUGGAAGUUUUUUUUGGUGUAUUUUAGCUGUAAACAAUUGUGUGAAAAAUGCCUUCAACGAGUACUCAAAAGUGAGACGUGCAUUCGGUAUGCAGAGAGUGCUGGGACCCAUUUUUUGCAUUCAGUCUCUGUUUUUUGUUGUUGUCAUGUGCCAUUUUGCAAGAUGGAGAGAUGCCAAUGUAUAAAGACCCAGAGGAGGACGGGAGGCGGGGCCGGACAUGAACUCGAGGCUUUUUUGACCACGGAGCAUUUAUCACAUCCUGGAAUGUAGUCGAGGUCACCGGCUGACCCGGUCAGUUAAAGGUGUGACCGGUUGGAUCAAAAGUGAUGAUGUAUUGCAUACUGGUGCAUCCAAAAAAUAAUUGGGAGUAUAAUUGGUGUUUAUUUUUUUUAUUGUCUGUGAUUUUAGGCGGUGGAGAGCAUUGCAGAAUCAAUGUCAUUUUUGCUCCUUUUUGCUUUUUAUUCUCGAUUCUACAACCUUUUCUUUUUCUUUCUUGCCUGGUUAUUUUGUACAGGAAACAAGCAUGUUGAACACAUAUUAGACAUGAUUUGUCUGGGUCAGAAUUGGGCGUUUUUGUUGUUGCAUAGAGGACUUUGAUUUAGUGGCUAUUUGGUGUAUCUGCACAUGCUCCCUUUUUGUAUAUUGCGAAGAGUCUCGAAGCAUUUGUGCGGCAAUGCUUAUCCUACUUAAGCUACAUUGACAAGCAGCCUUAAUGAUCUUUUUGUAUGUGUUUUGUUUGGCUAUUCCUUGUGUCUAUGGCCACUGACUGUACUUGAUGAAGAGCAACUGGUCGUUACAAUGUAAAUUUGGGUCGAGUUUCUUUUCCGUCUUUUUCCUUUUACUCUGUACAGUGAUCUGACGUUACGGUAGACUCAGUAUUACAACAUCUGUAAUGUGAUGAGUUUUACAUAAAGACUGCGAUGGAAGAUAUUGCCAUUUUACUACGCAUUAGCUUGCGUCUCACUUGUCUUUGGCAUUAAAGGGGAAUUCCACCAAAACUGACUUGCAUUUUUAUUCCGCAAAGGAGCUUUUUCAAUAGAAAUUACUGCGUUUUUGUUCUUCUCUCUUCCUCCACAUUUUUCAAAAGUAAUAUCAGGUUUGAGUAAUAAUAUUGCAAGAUCAGAGGGAGUAAAGGUAUGUGACAGCAACUUUAAUAGAUUGUUGGAACUUCUACCACAAAUAUGCGACACCCUUUUAAAAUAGUUCAGGUCGAUGCUGUAGGAACACAUGUUCUUCAUCUUCAGAGCACAAAACUACAUAAAUGUCCACUUUUUUUUGUAAUUAGACCAAAUCACUUUUGGUGGAAAAGCCCUUUUUUAAAUAUAAACCCGCUCACACCCCUGCUAUAGCAUCUUCAUACAUUUACUUGACUGCCUAAUGCGCACCAAGCAGAACCUUUAUGACAGAUCAUCACUUUUCUUCUUUAAUAUUCUUCUUCAUAUCUGGGUCCACGGAUUGAGCAGAUGUUGGGGGUGUUUGGGUCAGUCGUCUUCCGACUAGACGAGCGGACGCAGACGUGACUACCUGGAUGUGAGUCUUCAUCGAUAACCACAGUGACUGAGAUCCAGUCUGAGGCGGUUCUGUGCACACAGAGCUCUGUGUUGGCAGCAGGAACUUGGAUUUGGACUAACAGUUCAACCACUUUUUCUUCUUUUUUUUAAGCAUCCUUCUGUUUUAUUUUGGUUAUAUGCCUUUACUAAGUAUUAUUUGGCAAGUGAAGAGGAAAUAAUUGUGUGCUUGGUUGUAAAUGACAAACGUAAUGCCGCCCCAUUGCAAGACAUCCUGAACCCAACGAGCUGCAGAGGGAGACUCAUGAGUAACAAUGACCAUGUUUGGUGAUGUUCUGUAUGUACAUACAUCUUUUUAACUGUAAUAAACCGAUACAUAUUUACAAAUGUA